AAAUAACAGUCAGUCAGUUUGAGCUUCAGUAUCUGCUGUGCGCUGCACCGUGACGGAGUCCGCGCUGUCCACGACGCGAAGAUGCUUCAAAGCCUUCUGCUUUUGCUGCUUUGUCAGCUGUCCUUGUACAAUUUGGUGACACCGGCAAAAGUGUGCGGCCGCCCUCCUGUAAUGGCCGACGUUGAGGAGCACGGCUUCCAACGUGUUUAUGAAGUUGGGUCUGAGGUAUUCCUCUCCUGCAAACGCGGGUAUAUUCCAACAUCAGGGUCCCGCAAAAUUAUCUGUACUAGCAGCGGACAAUGGAGUCAAGCCAAACUCAAGUGUUCACCAAAAAGCUGUUCCUUCCCUGAUCCUUUGGCAAAUGGCGCGAUUCACAUUGCUGACAUCAUAUUCGAGAGUAAAAUCAACUACACCUGCAAUGAAGGGUACAUCCUGCGUGGAGCUAACACCAGUGAAUGCACAGCUAAUGGCACCUGGAGUGAGCCACUGCCAUUUUGUGAACCGGUAACUUGUGGCCUUCCUGAAAUACCUAAAUAUGCUACGAUGACUUACAACAGAAAGUUUAAAGGCAACACAACGUUAUUCGGAGACAGUGUGAUGUAUGAAUGCUCACCACCCCUUGUCCUUUUUGGUGAUGAGAGAGGGUAUUGUACAGCCGACGGGACCUGGACAAAGCCCCCUGAGUGUCGCCUUGUGACAUGCCCACCCCCAACCGGAAUAGCCAAUGGGUUCAUGUCAUUUGCUGUAAUCAGGGAGCAUGGCUACAAGGAGAAAGUCAAAUAUGGGUGUGAUGUGAAUUAUGUUCUGGAAGGACCCAUGGAGACAGAAUGUGAGAAAACAGGACAGUGGUCUACCAAGCCCAGUUGUAAAGCACCGUGCACUAUUGGCAUUGAAAGAGGUCGAAUCUUUUAUAAUGGCAAAAAAAUAUGGAUUGGGGAUCUAAAGCCAAAUAGAGUCCUACAUUCAGAGUUGGUGGCACUGUACUGUAAAAAUGAAGAGAAGAAUUGUGGGUACCCAGUUGUAACCCAGUGUAUUGAUGGUACACUGAAGAUUCCUGAAUGCUAUCGAGAACCAAAUGCAUUUAAAUAUCAUAUGCAAGCGAACUCACUUCCAUCAGAGAUAAAGAUGUGCUGAAAUAUUUCAUCGUACGAAAUGAAGGCGAUGAGUAAAGCAGUAGCUUCAAGUAAAACAUGUUUUCAUUUGAAGCAUUCCACUUUCCUGCUGUUUCCAGAUUCUUCUAUUCAUGGAAGCACAUGCAAUCAUCUACAUAGCAAGAGCUAGAGCAGAUAAUGUUAAAUUGAAUUCAGGAUACUUAAUGCAAUUGGUACACUUCUUCUAAUUUGUGUUUAUUACAUAUGUCGUUGUAUUAGAAAUGUUUGCUUCAGCGUGAACAUUAUUGUAAUGCAACAUGAAAUACAAUUGCAUAUUUCCAGCAUGUUGCAAAAGAUUUUCAAAGACAAUAUUAGAGGAAGUUUUUUGUUUGUUCUGUUUGCCUUAGAUGUCAUUUCAGAAAGUUUCAGAACUUUUUGUGUUGAAUUUAUUAGCUUAAUUAACAUUGCAACGAUGUGAUAUUCAGUUAGAAAUGCAAAUUAUUGAAUUUGUCUAUUGCUGAGUUUGCAUCUAGCACCAGGUUUUAAAGGCAUAUUGGAGUGGUUCUGCAAAUUAGUUUUUUAAUUUUCUAUAUAGUGUAUGUCAUAGUGUAAUAAUUUCUAUUGGCAAAAGAACAAUGUCGCUGCUUACUCUUAGUAGUUCAGCUUUCUAUUGCACCCAGUAUUUCAUUUUGGUAAAAUAAUUGUAUUGAUGCUCAUUAAUUCUCAUUAGGUAGCUACCUAACCAGGUAGCCAACUGUAAUAAUGUUGACAGUUACUGUAAUAAGAACUGGGGCAGCUGUCUGAAAUGCAAAAUAUAGCUAGCAAGACUCAUUUGGUGAGUUUGGUCACUUAAUCUCAGAUAUGUUCUUGAUGGAAAGAAGGAAGAAGAUAUGAGGUACAUUCACAUUUACAUUUAUCCAAAGCAACUUACAAGUGAGGUAGAAUAUAUAUUGAUUGCCUCUGCUGAACAUGCCCAGAUAAGCAAUUCUGGAGGAUCCCUUUGCCCACAAACCAUGGUCUGGCAAUGUCUAAACUCAUCUGAUUUACAUCACCCUCCCUGUUGACUGGUGAGAUGGAGGGCAAGGAUUCUAUAUAAAAGUAUUCUUAGGUAAAAAUAUGUCUACUUUUCUCAUGUAAGCCACAGUGCUGGAUAUUGUGCUGUGAAAACCCUUGUGUGCUAACAUUGUUGUCUUGAAAAAUUACAGCCCAUCAACAAUAACUCACAACUCUGUGGUCUCCAGUUCAGUGCCUUUCCAUGCCUUUCACACACUGGUUUCAAUCAUUUGUAAGAAUUACAUCUUUGAUUAGUUUAGUCAUUGUUUGUUGUUGGUCAUAUGCAAUCCAUCAAUGUUGUUUUAAGUCAAGCAUUCCAUCCCUCCUGCCAUUUCCCCAAGAAAUCACAAGGUGUCAGUGUUGCACAAUACUAUGUUGUCUGUAUCCAUGCAUUCUGUACUCUCAGUAACCGAGAGCAGAGCAAAAUAAUUUUGGUGCCUGUAGCGAAGGGCGAGAGCAGUCACCCCGCCCGGCCUUGAACCCGGGUCUACGGGGUACCAAA